AUGCACAGCAGCCCGUUUAAAAUGAAUCCAGCUUAUCUUCGUAACUUGUUUGUCGCCGUCUUGUUCCCGUGCGUUUUUACCAACGUGUCUCCGAUGAAAACACGGAUCAAGUUACUGAUGCCGAGUGUUCAACCUAUGCAGAAUGACACAUAUCUCUGCAGCGCCGUGCAUGUGGGAUCAAAAAAAGAAAAGUAUGUUGUGGCGUUCACACCGAAUGCCACGAUGCACGUGGCCCACCACAUCCUCAUCUACGGCUGCGCGGAGCCCGGUUACCGCGAGUGGGACACCCCCAAAGCCGUCUGGGACUGUGGCGAGAUGUCGGGCUCCCACAACAUGUACCGCACGGGCCCCACGUGCAACUCCGCCUCUCACAUCAUCUACGCCUGGGCGAGGGACGCACCUGCCCUGGUCUUGCCGAAAGGUGUCGGCUUCAAGGUCGGCGGCAGCAGUGGCAUACGGUUCCUGGUGCUUCAGGUUCAUUACGCUGAUGCUACAGCCUUCAUUGGUGGAAAGAAGGACAGUUCCGGCAUACUACUCUCCGUGGUUCCUGGCAGCUCCAAAACAGUGAAGAGGCGGGCGGGGGUCUUUCUGCUUGGGACAGGAGGGAUGAUUCCGGCAAAGCAAAGAGUGAACAUGGAAGUUGCCUGCCGGAUGAAGGAGAAGUUAACUCUGUACCCGUUCGCGUUCCGCACACACACGCACAUGCUCGGAAAGGCGGUGACUGGUUAUGUGAUCAGGAACGGAAAGUGGAUCAAUAUUGGUAAACACAAUCCUCUCGAGCCACAGAUGUUCUACCCCGCCAAGAAGGGUGUUUCGAUCGUCCAGGGAGACAUUCUGGCUGCCCGAUGUACCAUGAAGAACUUCAGGGACAGGGAUACCUACGUUGGUUCCACAGGUAACGACGAGAUGUGCAACUUUUACAUGAUGUACUACGUGGAAGGCGACUCGAUCUUGGAGGGAGACGCAUGUUUUUCAAUGGGACCCCCCGAAUACUCCUGGAGAACGGACCCAAUGAUGAGGAAGCUGAUCAACAACAAGAUCGAUAAGGACGCCAGCGAGCUCGAUUGA